AUGGCUCCGGGUUAUGGCAGCGAUGGCUUAAGAGGCAAGGUCAAGAUCUCGUCCAAGCGAUACUCCUAUACACAAAACCACGUCAAGAAGAUUACGAUGCCCGCCAGCCUCGGCUUGACCGUGCAGAAGAUUGUCAACCUCGUGAUGCACAACGGCCGACAGAAGUACCAGUUCACUCCGGAGUGGGAAGGCUGCCGAUACUGGAACUAUGUGGUGAUAUCGGAUCUCGAGGCGGCCGGUUAUAUUUCUAAAGGAAACGCGAAAUCAGUACUCGCGGCCCUGUCGCUUUAUUGGAGGUACCCAGCUGGUUCUGGGCAGGAGCCGCGGAAGGUCAAAGAGGGCACGUUCCGUGCUUGA